AUGGCGUCUCAUGAUAUUUUUGCAUCCGCCUAUCACAGCUUCCUCAGCACCCUCAGCGAUACUGACCGGGCACGCUACGAUGACAAAUGUACCCCACAAAGCCUACUGGAUGGCUUACAAAAGAUAACUAGCCUAGCAAAGGGGACACGGAAUAGGCGUUCUCAGAAGCCUUUUGCCAUUGUUCGGGAUUUCAAUGAGAGAAUGCGUCCGUUUUUUGCGAUUGUCGAGGGCCCCGUCACGCAAAGCUCUGUCUAUGCAGGCGCGGCAUUAGGCGCUUUGAGACUCGUUCUUGAGUUGGCUAGUUGCUUUCCGACGUUGCUUACGAAACUUCUAGAGUGCAUCAAAGAUAUCACGGAGUCAUUUCCAAGAUAUGAAGCCCUAGAAGACAUUUGCCGCGGCAAACCGACUCCUAGAUUAUUGCUACAUCUUGGGCGGGUAUACCGCGAUCUUUUUGACUUCUUCAAUAGUGCAGCUUCGCUGUUCACAGCUAGCAGUGGCAAGGUCAGACGGCCAAUCGAGUUAAUUGCUAGUGUGAUAUGGCGGCCAUUCGACGAGAGGUUUGGUGUUAUCUUAUCCAGCAUGUCUAGGCACCAGCAGCAGCUAAAUGAUGAAGUCAAUAUCUACCAGCUCGAACUAACAAGAGAGGCCGCCACAGCUUCAGAGGAGAUAUACAAAGACACACAAGCCACUCAUGCCUGUGUUUCGGACCUUCAAGAGCACGUGCGACUCCAAACUAGAGAGCAAGCGAUCGCUAGAAUUCAGUCUUGGUUGAAUGCACCAAACUUCGCCAGCACAUACUGGAAUACUCUCGAUGAAUGCCAAGAAGAUACCGCGCAAUGGAUAUUUGAAAUGGACAAGUUCCAAGAAUGGUCUGAGAGUCUCUCGAUAUCGUCGACAGGCAGUUCCGCACCUGAAAGCAGACUUUUGUGGAUUUAUGGCAAUCCUGGAGGCGGCAAAAGUGUUCUCACAGCAUCUAUCGUCCACGAACUCUCCAGCUGUAACCAAAAUCUGGUCUACUUCUUCUUCAAAGAGCAGUCCCCAUUCCACACUGCCUCCGACCUCGCAUUCCGCGCCAUUUUAGCUCAAAUACUACAUAAGCAUAAACACAACGACGACAUGCUCGAUAAGUUUAUAUUCGCUUCAAACCAUGGCGACAAGUCAUCCGGUCAAUCAAUCGCGACGCCAGCUGAGCUGAGAGACUUGCUGCACUUAUGCUUGAGCUCUAUCAGAAACCCCAUUAUGAUUCUUGAUGGCAUCGAUGAGUGUACGGAGCCGGACGGUUUCGUUAAGUAUCUCAGCUCGUUGCUCGCUCUACCCAAUCUACGCGCUUUAUUCUCGAGCCGACCUACUGUUCAAUCGCUGACCAAGUUGGUUCCACUACAGCACCGUUUGAGCUUUGGCCAAGUUGGCGUAGAACAUGACCUUGAAACAUAUUGUCACUAUCACCUGACUGAUCUUUUCGACGAUGGUCUUCUUUUGGAAACUUCUGAUAUUCAAUAUCUCACACGAAGGCUGGUGCUGGGAGCGGAUAGGAUGUUUUUGUGGGCGAAGCUCAUGUUCUCGUUCCUGAGGUCUCCUGCCUUGAACAGACGACUAAGAGAGAAUAUGAUACACUCCAUCACGCUUCCUGAAGGUCUCGGGUCUAUGUAUAUGAGAAUCUUCCGACAGAUAUCUCUCCUGGACUCGGCGCAGCAACAAAUGGCCAAAAGGGUAAUUCAAUGGACGCUCCUUUGUCAUCAAGAAUGUUUCCUGUCCUCUCAGGCCUGGCAUCACUUACUGGGUGCUGAAGAACCAGAUGAUAAAGAAACUGCAUUCGCACAUCUCUCAGAACUCAUCAGUCUCGUAACAUGUGGCUUGGUGAUCUGUCGUGGCUCACAGCUCCGUCUAGGUAUUCUCGAUUCAUCUAGCUCCGGGAGAUCUCACUGA